CCCGCCCACCCGGCGCACCAGCAGUCGGCGCUGCACCACCACCACCACCAGCAGCAGAGCUUCUCCACCAUUUUCCCCACGUAUCUAGGCAUGGACCGCUCCUCCGCCGUCGGCGGUUGCGGCGGGGGCGGCGGCCUGGGAGUGGGCGUGGUCACCAGUUCGGCCACCGCCCUGGGACCCGGUGGCCUGACCAACGGGGGCGGUGGAGUGGUCAGCGGUGCCCUCAACGGACUGGAGGCCAUGUCGGCGGAGUCCACGGGCCUGUGUCUGCAGGAUCUGGUGAGUGCCGGGACGGCGAAUGGAGCAGGAUCGGCGGGAUCGGCGGAGAGUGCCACCACCACGAGCACGGCCCUGAGCAGCGGCAGCACCGGCAGCUCCACGGUGAACGGAGGAGGGAGUAGCACCUCGGGCACGGAGCACCUGCACAGCCACCACAGCCUGCACGACUCCAGUUCGUCGGUCAGCAUCUCACCCGCCAUCUCGAGCCUGAUGCCCAUCAGCAGCCUGAGCCACUUGCACCACUCCGCGGGGCAGGACCUGGUGGGUGGCUACUCGCAGCACCCGCACCACGCGGUGGUGCCGCCGCACACGCCCAAACACGAGCCGCUCGAGAAACUCCGAAGCUUGUUCUUUUCAGUUUGGGCCGAAACCGGCGAUUUCCGUGAUAGUCAUAGCUCCAUGACCGCCGUAGCAAAUAGUUUGGAUAGCACCCACUUGAACAACUUUCAGACGUCAUCGACAUCCACGUUAACGAACCGGAGUCGGGAUCGCAAAGAUGGCAAUCGCAGUGUAAACGAGACCACGAUCAAGACAGAGAACAUAUCAAGUUCCGGACACGAUGAGCCGAUGACCACCAGUGGUGAGGAACCUAAGAAUGACAAGAAGAACAAGCGGCAGAGGCGCCAGAGGACGCACUUCACCUCGCAGCAGCUCCAGGAACUGGAGCACACCUUCAGCCGGAACAGAUAUCCGGACAUGUCCACCCGCGAGGAGAUCGCCAUGUGGACCAAUCUUACAGAGGCUCGAGUUAGGGUGUGGUUCAAGAACCGGCGGGCCAAGUGGCGCAAGAGGGAGCGGAAUGCGAUGAACGCGGCGGUGGCGGCGGCGGACUUCAAGUCCGGAUUCGGGACACAGUUCAUGCAGCCCUUCGCGGACGACUCGCUGUACAGCUCCUAUCCGUACAACAACUGGACCAAGGUGCCCUCGCCGCUGGGCACCAAGCCGUUCCCGUGGCCGGUGAAUCCACUGGGCUCGAUGGUGGCCGGGAAUCAUCACCAGAAUUCGGUGAACUGCUUCAACACCGGGGCCAGCGGGGUGGCGGUGAGCAUGAACAAUGCCUCGAUGCUGCCGGGAUCGAUGGGUUCGUCGUUGAGCAACACCAGCAAUGUGGGGGCGGUGGGCGCCCCCUGUCCGUACUCCACCCCCGCCAAUCCGUACAUGUACCGCUCCGCCGCCGAGCCGUGCAUGAGCAGCAGCAUGAGCUCCAGCAUUGCCACGCUGCGGCUGAAGGCCAAGCAGCAUGCCUCCGCCGGCUUUGGCAGCCCCUACUCCGCCCCCUCGCCCGUCUCCCGAUCGAACUCCGCCGGACUGUCCGCCUGCCAGUACACCGGAGUGGGCGUGACGGACGUGGUCUGA